CUAAGAGGAUAUCAAUAUCGCCGAUACGGAUAAACGUCCAUAAAUCCUCUAAAAACCCCCGAGGCUUUGCAUAAAGUUAUAACGUUUUUAGGUUUUUUAUAUUUUUAAAGUUAUUCAGUGACACUUGUCGAGGAACCGGGAACCAGUCAAAUCUGGCAACACUGUUUCGACCGUCAUGAAGUUGUCAGAGGGUAAAUGUUAUUAGUACGUGGGUCAGCUAAGGAAUGUAAAUGUCCGAGGACAGGGAAGCCCAGGAUGAUGAGCUGCUUGCCUUAGCAAGUAUCUAUGAUGAGGAGGAGUUCCACCGAGCAGAGUCGGCCCCAGGGGGAGAGAUCCAGCUCUGUCUGGAGCUCCCUCCUGAUUUCAAAGUUGUUGUCAAAGGAGAGAAGCAAAUAGAUUAUACUGUCUGCUUCUUACCUCCUUUGGUGCUCAACUUUGAGCUGCCUGUAGACUAUCCAUCCACAUCCCCACCAGUCUUUACUCUCAGCUCUAAAUGGAUGACCAGAGCACAGAUGAGCUGUCUGUGCAGGCGCCUGGAUGAGCUAUGGGAGGAAAACCAGGGCUGUGUGAUUCUUUUUACAUGGAUCCAGUUCCUCAAAGAGGAGGUUCUGGACUUUCUGGGCAUCCAGUCUCCACUUGAAAUUGUCAGGGGAGGAAGUAAGACUACUGGUGAGCGCAGGAAACCCAACCAUGCAGCCACAGCUCUGACACAGUGUGAGAGUCAUUCUGAAAAUACUGGAGAGAAGAGGAGAGAAGUAAAGAAGGAAAAGUAUGAACCACAUUUGUCAUGCUCUUCUCAACUGGAUCCGCGGACUGUGUUGUUGAUGGACCCACGUGCCGACUUGCUACCUCAACUCCUGGACUUUGAUGAGGCACAGCGCCAGAGGGUGUUUGACAGCAAGGUGUUCUGCUGUGGGAUCUGCUUCAUAGAAAAGCUGGGCUCCAACUGCCUCUGCUUUAAGGAGUGCCAGCAUGUCUACUGCAAGGCCUGCAUGACUGAAUACUUCCAAAUCCAAAUACGCGAUGGCAAUGUUCAGUGCCUUAAUUGCCCUGAGCCCAACUGUACUUCCUUAGCCACACCAUUGCAGGUGAAACAGCUGGUGGAUGAGGAGUUGUUUGCUCGCUAUGACCGUUUGCUGCUCCAGUCCAGUCUGGACCUCAUGGCGGACGUGGUGUAUUGUCCCCGCAAGUCCUGUGGCACUGCCGUUAUGGUAGAACCUGACACAACCAUGGGCAUUUGCUCUGUCUGCCAGUAUGCUUUUUGCACACUGUGCAAGCUGGGCUAUCAUGGUCUUUCCAACUGUAAAAUCACUGCAGAUGAAUUGCGUAAUCUCAGAGAUGAGUACCUGUCAGCUACAUCUGAGGAGCAAAAGUUCAUGGAACAGCGCUUUGGGAAGAGGGUGAUCCAGAAAGCAGUGGAAGAGUCCUUUAGUAGAGACUGGCUCAAUGAGAACUGCAAAUGUUGCCCACGCUGUGGAACCAAUAUACAGAAAGUAGAUGGCUGUAACAAGAUGACUUGUACCUCGUGUAGACAAUACUUUUGUUGGCUGUGCCUGGGCCAACUCAGCAAAGUCAACCCCUACAGUCACUUUAACAACCCACAUUCACCCUGUUACAACCAACUCUUCCAUGGGGUGGAUCUUGAUGAAGAUGAUGCCUUCUGGAGUGAUGAGGAGGACUAACACCAGUGCAGCACCUUGCUGCUGUAUGUUCCAUUUGAGUGCACUUUAAAUCCCAAACCUUCUCUUCACCUGUGAAUCUCAUUAUGUCUGCAUUAGUACAACAGUGCCACUAUUAUCAUGCUACUGUUGUUUACAUUUUGAGUUUGGUUAGGCAUCUUGGGUGUAAAACAUUCAGUGCCUGGGUAUAAGUUGUUCAUGUUUACUUAAUAUCCAUUCAAGAUAGGCAAGAACAUUUUUAGCUUUUACAUUAUGUCAGAGAAACAGCACUAGUCAUUUUGCUCAUCUUAAAUAAAUCACUUGUUCUUGAUUAUGACCGUCCAGAACACACACAUGGAGAUGUGGGUACAGGUUGGGCAGCUUUUAAAUAUGACAGAUGUCAUAGGAAUACAUUCAAACUCCUGUAAAAAUGUGUAACAAUUUCCAGGGUUACAACAAUCAAGAGUUCAAACUGGAGCUACUGACCAUGCUUAGUUUUGUAAAUUGGAAAAAGUGCUUGAUUACAAAUGGCUAGCAGCUGUCCCCUCUGAGUGAUACAGGGAGUUUGUAAUUGGCCUACUUUUUCAUACAGUAUUAAGUAUCUAACCUCUGUCUAACUUUAUGUUAAUUGUCAAUGUAUGACAUAGCUAACAAACAUCAGUUAGAUAAUUAU